AUGUCGACGAUCUCCAUGGAGCGUCCAAUAAGCGAUCCAGUAUUUAAAGUGCCAAGUCAGAUAUUCCAGGAGAGGACGUUUGAUUUUCCCAACAUCCCUCUACUGUUGCGUACUUUCUUGAUAUUGUCACUCCUUGACCAUUUAAGGCGUGAUAAAUUAAUUGCUUGUAUUACAGUUUUUAAUCAUUUAAAAGUUGAGAAUUGUCUAGAUAAAUGUCCCAUGUUUGCAAGUGUAAAUUUGACUAAAAUUCCUCAUUUUAAAAACGUUAUUAAAUUAAAUUUCAAUACUUUGAGGGAAGAGAUAAAGGACAUGAUUUCUAGACAACAGAAUAAAAUGUUGCAAAGACUUGAUGUUCACAGCAUUGAAAUAUCCACACUGAAUGAAAAAAUAAACAAAUUACCUUUUAAUAAUUCUGUGUGGGCUCCUUCUAAAAUGAAAAAAUGUUCAACUCCUAGUGAAUCUGAGAUCAGUUUACAAAAACCAUCUGUUUCUAAACCCUGGGUGGGCAUUCCUAUUUCUCAGUUAUCUAAUUCAGAUAAAGAUGUUAAAAUUGAAAGUAACUCAAAUCUAGAUUCUGUUUCUCAUGUUGAUAAAAUUGAAUUUCCUAGUUUAAUUCAAGAUUCCAAUAAUAAUAUGAACUCUGGUGCUGAGGAUAGUGAUGCUGGGUUUCAAAAUGUCACAAUCAGACGUAGAGAUACUAAACGACCCCAAGUUAAUAGUUUACCUCAGGCUAAUAAAAUUAAACAUAAAAAAACUAAUAUCUCCAGAGUGGUUGGAACCUUGGCUGACUCUGAGAUUUUCAGUUCCAAAUUAAAAGGUAUUGAGAAGCGCUGUGUGCUUUAUCUGGGAAAGAUUGCUCCUUGCUUCAAAGAGGAUGUUGAAGAACAUCUAUCUAACUUUAACAUAGACUUUAUUACUGUCAAUCCUACUGGUUCAAAGAAAAUUUCUAAUAUAUCUGCUAAAGUUUCUGAGAAUUCAAAGAAACUUUGUGAUAAUUCCUCUAAUAUUACUGUUGAUCCUAAUGGUACAAUCAAAACUUCUGAUCAAUCUUCUGAAAACUCAUCUGUUUUAAGCUCUGCUUUCAAAAUCUGUAUACUGGAAAGUCAGAAAGAUAAAUUUUUCAACUCAGAUAUAUGGCCUCGUCAUGCUAUUGUCAGAGACUGGAUUUUUAAAACCAAGGACAACAAUUCUGUUAAUCAUGGCUGA